AUCUCCAGUCUGUUCUCCUUUUUUCACGGUGAGUCUAGCCGAUCCGCUUGUGAUCGAUCGAGCAAGUUUAUAAAACGUGCGCCGAUAUAUCCGGAUAAUAAAGGCCGACGUUAUUAGAAAGCAGUUGACAUCCGUGAUACCCCGAGACCUCUUCGAGUGUCGGCAACUUCGACGACAAACCGCACGCAAUCCUUUUCGCGCCAUCUUCUCGAAGAAAACGGUGAAAAAACCGCAGUAAACUCGUCACCGAAGAUUGACAAAACUCAAGGAUGGCAGACAUAGAGGAUACUCACUUCGAAACUGGAGACUCUGGUGCUUCUGUAACCUACCCUAUGCAGUGUUCUGCACUGCGUAAAAAUGGGUUCGUAAUGCUCAAAUCCCGACCAUGUAAAAUUGUAGAAAUGUCAACUUCUAAGACAGGAAAGCAUGGUCAUGCCAAGGUACAUCUUGUAGGCAUUGACAUUUUUACUUCGAAAAAAUAUGAAGAUAUUUGUCCCUCUACGCACAACAUGGAUGUGCCAUUUGUUAAACGAGAAGAUUAUCAGUUAGCAGACAUAUCUGACGAUGGAUACUUAUGCUUAAUGGCUGAUAAUGGUGAACUUCGCGAGGAUCUGAAAAUUCCUGAUGGUGAACUGGGUGCUCAGUUACGUGCCGAUCACGAGGCUGGGAAAGAGCUUCUUUGCACCGUACUGAAAGCCUGUGGUGAGGAGGUCGUGAUUGCCAUCAAAACCAACACUGCCAUCGAUAAAUAAUUGUGUUCAGUCCAAACUCCACCAUCACAUUAAAGAAAAACAAAACACACACAGCUAAUAUAUUAUUAAGCGAAACCUAAGAUACAAUACAAGAUGAUCAGUGGUUAAAAUAAGAACUACCAACACAAACAGAAAGGAAAAGAGCGGAGGGCACUUGAAAAUGAAUAAAAUGACGGAAAAUGAAACAAGGGGAAGGAAAGAGAUAAACAUAUAAUUAAAAAAUGAUGGAAAGAGAAAAGCAAGUGUGCGUGAGCGUGUAAGUGUGGCGGCGGAGACGAUUACAAAUAAUGAAAUAAUUGCAAAAAAAAACAAAUAAAAAGAGAAUAAACCAAGAUACAGCAUCAGCUUAGACUUUGAGGAAGAAGAAUGUUUUUGGCGGCUUAAAAUGUUGAGAUUAAAAGGCAAUUUUGACAGUCGAAAAUUUUGAAAGAGAAAUAACUAUUUUGCCUUCAUUUGUGAUUUCUAAAAAUUUAUCAUGGUUAGAAUUCUAUCUGUAUCGGAAUUUUGAUUACUUUGUAAUAGUGAUUGCGCAAACUUCUUAUUGAAAUUAUAAUUGUAUUGAAAUUCCAAUACACCUUAGAAUUCUAAUUACCUAACUGUUUUGUUCCCUCAUGAUAACCCGUUCUCUCUUUAUACUUUAAUCAAAGUUUCAAUUUCUCGAAAGACUUACUUUCUUAAAUUUUCUGUCACGCUCGAAUUGCGAUCCUAGCGAAUUUAAUAGAAAUUCAACGUUAUACUACUAAUUCAUGCAACACCUUCAUUUAGCUGGAAUUCUUGUUUUUCUUCAUACAAAUUCAUGAAUCAUUUUUUAUUAAAAUUCUUUAUUUUCGAAUAUCUGUCCUAAUUCAGAAUUUCCAUUCCAUUUUAAUUUUGAAUCUUUUGUAUUAUGUAAUAUUAAUUUAAUUUUAUCCAAUCUUCAUUAGAAUUCCAGUUGUAUUAGAAUAUUAAUGAAGUUUCGUUAAAAAUGUACGCCUUAUUAGAAAUCCUUAAAAGUUUUCAUUCAUCCGAAUACUUAUUAGAAUCCGUUCUUAUAGAAACUUUUAAUUCUAUAACGCCGAUUCUAUUAAAAUUGGAUACUCAAAAACUGUAGAUUUUAUAAAAAUUAUUUACAAUUCUGGUUUAAUUAGCGAGAUUUAACUGUUUUCUUAAUCCUUCGAAUCUUAUAUAAGAUUUCGUAUUUGUAUGUUUCGCAGAAACUUAAACAUAGUUCUAUACUCAAAAUUCCAGAGCUUGAUAUCCAACUUGGAUUUCUGGAACUAGAUCUGAAAAGUUUUUAUUAAUUUUGGUGAAUUUCCGCAGUUUCAAUUUCGAUUCAUACUUUGUACUGCUGGUUAAUUUUUUUUUUUUUUCAAAACUUCUAUAGCAAAUUUUUAUAUUAGACAAUUCUUGUGUUAGAAUCAAGACUUCAAAUUCAGUGAAUGGUAUAUUCUAACUAAAAAUUUAGAAAUUCAAUUUGAAUUUCAAACUGCAAUUUAAUUUCAACGAUAAAGACUUAAAGGUUGAAUUCUGAAAUUUUAAGUUUAACUUUUAAUUUCGGUAUUUGAUUUGAAAUUAGAGCGUAGCGUAGGAAUUUUGGUCCUACGAUAUAAAACUCUAUUUCAAAUCAGACUGCACCGUCUAUAGAAGAACUAACGAAGUUCAAAAAAGAAAAAUGACAAAAAAAAAAGAAUGAAUACUAAGAACCGACUAAGCUAUAUAAUCUAAGCAGACUAAUUUAAGAUUAACACGACCUAGAUAAAUGAAUUUAAUCGAUUAAAAAAAGAAAAAAUGGAAAAAAAACAAAACAAACGAAUCAAUCGGCCUCAUGGUCGAAUUUCUGCUAUGAGAGACGGAAACCAUUUUUUUCUGCUUCUCGAUAUUCGGUUUCAUUAAUUAUAUACCACUGCUGGUCAUCUUUUCGAAUUCUAACGAUUCUUGUUUAAACUUCAAACGUGAACGAAAUUGAACGAAUAAUCAUUAUUCUAUAAGCACAGACGGGAAAUGAUAUUUCGAGAAUAUUAUUUUGGAAAUAUAUCUGGAAAUUUUAAAUCCCUAUUGCAACUCACUAAUUUAUCUAUAAAUGAUUAUCAGCAUUUAUGUAGGUAAUAAUACUCCUGUUAGGUAAUCAUUACCUAUCACAGAAUUUCAAUUAUUAAGAUAUUAAAAUACUUAGCAUUGCAAAAUAAAAUAUUGAAAAUACUUGGCGUUUUCAAAUCGAAAAGAAAAAAAAUGUUCUCGAAAUAUCGUUUUAAUUCAAUGUUCACUGACUAAACGAAUUGUCAAAAUAUUUAUCAACCGAUAAUACGAAAUACUGCGAUAUACGAUGGUAUAUAGAUACUAAAGAUAUAACCAGCAUUGGCGUAUAUAAGCAGACAAAGAUACAUAACAUACACACGCAGCGGUAAAGUAUAUGUGAAAGUACACAAUUAUGGAAUUUCGAACAGAUAACACGAAACGUAAAAGAAGUAUAUAAAUAAACGGAUAUCAACGAGCAUUUGUUUAUACGGCAGAAGUAAAUGGAGGAUAAAUAAAGGAAACAAAAAGCCAUUUGUGCUUUUAUGUCACCUUCGAUAAUA